AUGGAUUUAAUUGCACGAAAAAAGUUAAACCUAGACGUUUUAAAAAAACACGAUCCUAAUAUAUGCGACAUUCUAGACCAAUCUGCGCAUGCUGUAGUUUAUAAAUUUGACACCGAAAAAACAAGUUGGGAAAAACUUGGUUAUGAAGGUGUCAUAUUUUUGACACAAGGAAAAAGCGCUCCUUACUUUAGUUUAUACCUUCUUAACAGAUUAUCUAUAGAAAACUUUUCUCUACAAUUAACAGAUUUUGAAGAAAUUAAUCUAACAGAUGAGUUUAUUAUUUAUAAAACAAGUGAAGGUAUUGCAGACCUGGGGAGGUAUUUAACAAAGACUUAUGCAAUAUAA